AUGGCGGAUUGUGGAUACGGAGACCGGAGACACAACUCGGAAACUGUGCCUCAUGGCGAGAGCAGAGACGCACCUGCAGUUCCCGCCAAGCACCAGCGAGAUGUGAAAACCGAGCGCGUCGGGCUACUGAGCUUAUCUCGCGAACUGCGCGACAAGAUUUAUGACCACCUUCUCCGCAUCGAGAGAUGGGACGUCUUGAAGUACAAGAGAGACCUUUUUAAGGUUGAUCUGUCGAUUCUACGCGUCAAUCAGCAACUCCAUCAGGAAGCUUCCGAAAUCUUCUAUGAGGGAAACACUUGGGUGUGUAUCACAAUCGAACCAAGCCUCCUCGAAGCCCUAUGCAAUGAGUGGGUAGCAGGUCGGAAAGGCUUCCCUGGAGAUAAACCAGUCUCGUUAGCCACUUACACCCGUACUGCCCCUGUAGCAGCUGCGACCGUGACCCUACAACGGCUCCCACAGUCUGGUCCUGGGAUCAAUCUGAUCCAUCUUCUGGUGUCCUCGUUCGCAGUACCGCGGCUCUGCAGAAUUCUCACAGUUUACGCCAAUGUUCGCGGGCUCGAUAUUCGCGUGCAUCUAAAUGCACUGACCGCUGGAAAGGUGAAGAGAGCUUGGCACGAGAGCUUGCUGGACUCCUUCAAGGACGCCAGAGGGUUCGGCCGCGCAACGAUUUCCGAUGCUCAGGGGAAUUCACCGCACGUCGAGCUCGCAACACUAAUGAUGUCGCCGUUCAAGCAUUUUCAGGAAAUUAUCGAUCGAGCCUCCGAACAUCACGACCGUGCCCGUCAAAAGGAAGAGUUGGGCCGGCUUUCCGAAGCGCGCUAUGGCUACCAAGGCGGCUAUGAUUUUACCUUGUGGUUUGACCGCUCAACUCAUCAGCUGGGCUUCUCAACACGUAUCCAAUAUGACGGGGAAUUAGGCAGAUCGUAUAUUCAAUUGCGGACUAAAUUGGCCUUCUCGUGCGCCUUCCUAUGUAUCAAGCUUGGCGAUCUGGACUUGGCAUAUCCCAUUAUCGAAAGAAUGUUGAGCUUACCGCCGAUCGACGAGCACAAUGUAGCUUAA